CUUUUAAGUGAAUACGAAAAAAACGUUUUCAUUUUGAUAAAUCACGUGACGCUAAGCUCUUUAUUUUGCCUCUUCGGCAUUGUGGGUAAUUGUAUAAAUAUCUGUGUGUUUGUGAAACAAGGUCUGACCAAGUCGAUGAAUGCCAGUUUCUUUGCUGUUGCCAUUUCCGAUGUCUUAAAGAUGUUCGUCCAAGUGUGGCAGAACAUUUGCUUGAAUCCUUACAUGCUGCAAGCAGACUCGGUUCUGGAUUUCAACGGCACCCAGUUCUUGACUGCUGGAACCCCAAGUGUCCUGUUUAUGAGAAUCACUGGUUGGAUAACGAUGUACGUCACAGCGGAGAGAUGCCUGUCCAUUGCCGUGCCAAUGAGAAUCAAACAUAUUGUAACUCCGGGGCGCAGGGCGGCCAUUUUGGUUUUCAUCUACGUCAUCAACAUUGCAUCCGCCAUUCCUUUGUAUCUCUGGGCUUACAUUAGCUGGAAUUUUUACCCGGCCCAGAACAGGUCAAGACUUGGAAUAUCCUUCAGGAGUAACAAACAGGAAGUCGGGCUCUUAAGCUCGUACUUUCACAGCUCGAUGUCAAUCAUCGCUUUUGUGCUUGUGAUAAUAUUUACAGCCAUUUUAGUCGGAGCGUUGGUCCGAACAUCAAAAUGGCGUCUCAAGUUCACUUCCAAAAGUAAUCACAAAGAGAUGAGAGAGAGGGAGAGGAAAACCGUCGUCAUGGUGAGCGUCGUGGCCGCCGCUCUGAUCGUCUGCUACACCCCGGCCAUCUCGUGCGCCAUAGCGGCAUCCGUCAGUUAUGACUUCAGCAUCAGUGGCAGGCAGACCAACGUGUACCAGGCCGUCUGGUCCUUUGCUUUUCUCUUCCACUCCGUCAACUCGAGCAUCACCAUUCUCUUGUACUACAAGACGAGCACGAGGUACAAGAGGACGUUGCAGGAAAUGUUCCCGAGA